AUAUAUAUUAUUUCUUUUCAUACAAAUAUUUUUGUGCUUGACUGGCCUGGAGGAAGGCCAUAUAUAAGUCUUUAUGAACCAUAGAGGGAACUGCGCAUGCACUAGGAAAAACAUAAACUUUAAUUAUUAUCAUUUCAAUACAAUGUUUGACAAGUAGAUCUAAAAUCCAAAUUUAUUAAAGAAUAGCUCACUGAAUGAAUGAUUUAAAACUUACAAUAUAAGGACUAUUCUCACAAAGAGUGUAUAUGUAUUCAUUGAAGACAUAGUGAUUCAGCAAGGUGCAGACAGCAUUUAUUUAAAAAGAGUUUUUGCAGUCGGUAAAAUAUCUAGAAAAGCUUUCUCGAACUUUAGACAUAAACUUGAAAUUUGAUGUAAUGAAUAACUGAGUUGGAUUUUACAGCAAAUCAACACAAAAAAGGCCACAUAUUGCUGAGAGGAAGUUAAACUGAGGGAUGGAAGUUGAAAAUUAUCACUAUAAUCAUAGUAUGUUAAGAAUAUCAACUGUAAACAUAGCAAUAUAACAAUAAAUUAAAAUUAAAUGUAAAGUAUUUAUGACAUGUUCAGGUUUUGAUCAAAUAGUGUCAACAUAAACGGUUUCUGUGUCAAAUAUUGAACUUCAAUAUUUUUAUUGAAAGUGUUGCAAACAACUCAAAAUUUUGAAGAUGAAAUUUAAAUGAUUCUGAGAAUUUACACUUUUUUCAUCAAACCUUCCUUAGAACUGGAUCUAUUUAGUGUGCCUAUAAUAAAGUCAAAUAUCACAUGUACAAAAAUUGGAAAAGAAAAUAUAAAAUACAGACUGUGAAGUGGCAUUCAUUCUGUACAAUCUGAUCAGACCAUGUUCACUGUCCUGAUCGAGAUAAGGCACAGAUUUUCCGGAAUUCAGAUUUCAACAUGAAAGAUGAUGAGUUUAAAUUCUACAGACUUGUGAAGUGUGAGAAAGAAGUGGUCCAACUGGCCCUUCAGGAGUUGUUUGAGUUCCUUUGGAAUCUAAAAUACCCUGAAACUCCAUGGGCCAAAAAUGCAGCAAGUGUAAAACUGUUUGAAGAAAAAGAAGAUGAGCACUUUCAAAACAGCUUGCACGGAUUGUCUCUCAAAGAAAAGUGGAGAAAAAUUCAGAAUAGAAACGGAAUCCAAAGCACUUUCAGAGACAAUGAGUGGAAAAGCUAUGACUGGGAUAUCAGCAAGUUUGCAUAUGCUUUAGUAGACUCAAAACUCUUUGAACUAGAUGUAACCGAUGAGACAGGUAUGCCAGUCAGUGAGCACAUUGUCAAGAUAAAAGACAUUCGUAAUGGAAUUGCUCAUUUUACAAAAACUAACUGUGACACCAUUUACUUUGAAAAAACUUUAAAGUCAAUAGAAGACCACAUCAAAGCAUUAGAACUAGUAAAACUGAAUGUAUCUCCAUACAUAGAAAAAUUACAGGCAAUAAAAACAGAGGAAAAACCUGUUUCAGCCCAAGUAUGCUUUGAAAUGAGAACAGAGUUUGAAAAGUUGAAAUGCUCACAACAGGUCUAUGAAGAAAGGGAGAAGAGAUACUUAGCGCAAGAAAAACUGACUGUAGCAGAAAGAGAAAAGCAUUCCAAGGAAUUAGAGAAUGCAUUACUGAAGCAGGAAGUUGGGAGACUUCAGUCUGAAAAUGCAUUACUGAAGCAAAGACUGCACAAACGAGAGUCAGGUAUUACUCUACGGAAACGUAAGCAUUCUGAAAAUCUGGAAGAAUUUCAGAAACUAAAAUCUGAAAAACUGGACUUAUAUAACAGAGUUAAAAAAAGUACAGAACAGACGAAUUUUAAUAGCCUAAGAUGUAAACGCAAUGGGAUUAUGAAGGGUGUGUUUGUGAUAUCAAUGGUUUGGCAUCAAGUGAAAAGAAAAUAGUGAAAACUGCUGCAGAACAUUUAGCCCUAAAAGAGUUGUCUGAAACCAUCUGGGAAAAGAAAUUCCACAGGGAAAGAAGCAGUGUUGUAAAUUAAAGUAACAAUGAAGAUAUGGAAAAAAGACAAGAGAAUCAAAGAGCAAAGCUCUCAGUGUAAGGAAUUAGACAAAUGGACAUAACCUGUGGAUUAUGAAAGAAAUAAUGUAGAAAAAUAUAGGUGGGGGGCCAUUAAAGUCUACCAUGCAUCCCCACUAGACUUUUUUUCAUAGGUACCAAAUUGUUCGGCAGGACCAACUCUUUCAAAAUAAAAAAUGUUCCCAUGAAAAAACUCUUUUGAACUAUAUAUGAUUUCACUGUUUCCAUGGCAACCGUUCAUUUUUGGAAAGAUCAACCAUAUAGAUGAUAAUUAGUCAGAUCUUGGUCAAUUUUGGUGAUAAAACAAUAAAAAUGGUAUCAAAAUGGAGCUAAGACAUUGGUCUUUUUUUUUCGCUUCCGGUCAAUGGUGGAUAGUUUGUUGACAAUCAGUGAGAGAUAAAAUUUGGAUUUAUAUAGUGUUGGAUAGGGAUUUUGUAAUAAAUUGUAUUGGAAUAUAUGUGAAUUAUAUAUAGAGGUACUAUUUUAAACUGUGAAAUUUUGAACUUUGUCGUAUUAGCCAGCUGGUUUUGAGCUGAUUUAUCACAUUUUGUGAAUCGAUUGAUACUAUUUAUAGUAUCGAUCAAGUACUUUGAAUAUUAAUUACCCGUGGACAUAGUGUAAAAACCCGGUAUAGCCAAAAUUUCGUCACGCAUGAGAAGAGACAGUAAUUGUUUGACAGUUGAUCAGCUGUUCAAUAUUGGAAAAUUAUCGCAAGGCGUUACGGGCAAUUGACGUGCUUUGUAAAACAGAGUUCACUGUGGUAUUUGUGUAUUAUUCGCUCGUCAUAUUUAGCUCGCCUAACCAUAUAAAUGACUAAGCAUAAAAUGGCUGAAAAGAUGGUUUCAGAGGCAGCUGACUAUGUGGAUUCCAUCAUGUCCUCUCAGGGUAUUACUAAAGUGGCAACACCAGCCAUCGGUAGUCGCAAACGUAACCUUUCCGUGUCCGGCACCUGUGAUACAACAGCCAAGAAGGUGAGAGGAGACUCACCUUUUCUUGUUCUAGAGGAUCGCUCUGCUAUUAAAGCCAGGAGAACUUUGUAUAAGGAUUCCCGAGAAUCUUCACCUGAACCCGAUCACAGGAAGAUUGUAGUCGACAAGGCAGAUGUGCAUGUCAGCGCCACACCUACACUCCAACAGAUGUUCGAUAAACUUUCGUCGGAUGUUAAUAUGAUGUACUUAGGGCUUAAUGACCGGUUUGAUCAGUUUGAGAAAACUCUUGAUUCCCGGAUUGCUAACAAGGUCUCACAACUUCUUGACAAAUGGGUGAACAGUGAGCUGGAGAGAGUUAAAUGUAAUGUUGAUCAGAAGUUGGACACCAAGUUUUAGCAAUUCUCAGAGACUAUCAAAUCUGAUUUAGCAGAUGACUUAGCUGCAAUACGGGGGCAGAUAAACAGUUUGUCUUCCAUGGGCCUCCCUGUUCUUCCUGAUACUCAACAUGCUACCACAGAUAGGACUUUAAAUGUAGUGAUUCGAAACUUACCUGAGACUGCGAGUGAGGGCACGGCAUCGAAAGUGAAUGCCCUAGUGAGAGACGGUUUGAAAUUGUCAAGUAUCAUGGGGUCAAGGGCCGAGCAUAAGAAAUCACAUACCGAGUUUAAACCUGGUGUCGUUAUAGCAACGUUUAAGUCUAAGGAGGACAAACAGACUGUUAUGAAAGCUAAACCAGAUCUUAGGCAUGUCAGUCUGUACUCAAAAGUUUAUGUCAAUCAUGAUCUUGCCCCAGAACAACGAAAGAGUAGUCGAAACUUUGCCACUAUUCUUAAUGUGCUUAAGUCGGAUCAGCUUACAAUGAGGGGAUCCCGAAUAGUCAAUCGCAAUAGCGAUGAGUGUCAUGACUCUAGCCGUGACAAUCGUGACUUGGGUCAUGACAAUCAGAACUCGAACCGUUACCGCUUGCACAACAGGGAUCGUCGUGUAAACGGGAGAAGUGAUCACGAUGACCGUCGUGAUAGCUGGGAUGAUUCUCAUCAUACGGAUUAUCAUGGUCACAGGGAUCGCGAUAGUCCAAGGCACGGCUCUUAUCAGGGACGCUCUGGUGGCUAUAACCGUGGCCGCAGAUAGAUAAGAGCCGGGUUUUGGAAUGUGAGAGGAUGGAAAACAGACUCUAAUUCAGAUAACUAUGUUUUAAGAUCGUCAUGUGUUUUUAACUCUAAUAUAGAUAUUUUAGGUAUAGCCGAAAGUCAUCUAACUGGAAGCGAAGUGUUACAUCUUAAUAGUUUCACUUGGUUCGGGCAUAACAGAACACAGAUCCACAGAAAUGCCAGAACUGGUUCCGGUGGAGUUGGUUUCUUCGUAUCAAACUCUUUAGCUGAUGAUUUUAAUAUAACAGUCUGUGACAAUUCGGGUGAAGGUAUCCUAUUGUUAAAGUUACGACACAAAUACAGUAAUUUUUCAAUUUUGCCCUGCGUAUGUUACUUGCCGCCGGAACACUCAUCUAGAUGGUUUGACGUUAAUAAGUUCUAUGAUACUCUAUUAUCUUCGAUUUAUCAGUAUAAGGAUGAUGGUAUUAUGUAUGUAUGUGGCGAUUUUAACGGUAGAUGUGGCGACAAUGACGACUUCAUAAGAGGUGUAGAUGAUAUUAUUCACCGAGAAAUUAUUGAUUUUAAUAUAAACAGAUAUGGUGAAAUAUUUUUAGACUUUCUAAUAAAUGUUAACAUGUGCAUGCUUAAUGGUCGAAAUAAUGUGUGUAAUGACUUUACAUCAGUAUCUUCAAAAGGUAAUUCUGUUGUGGACUAUUGUUUUGUCAGUCAUAAUAAGUUAUCAUCAUUUGAACAUUUUAAUGUUAAGUGAGUGUCUGAUUUAAUCAAUGAAGCUGGUUUUGUCUCAGAUGUUGCAUCUAGUUCUUUUAUUACUUUGGAAUGUUGUUGUGGAUACUUAUAUUGAAUCGAAUAAUAUGAACACCCGUUAUGUGUCUAGUUUUAAAAAGGUUGAUGUUAGUAAUGUGCCAAAUGAUUUUAUGUUAGAUUUUAGUACUUUGCAAUAUGUAAAUUAUAUACUAUAUCUAAACUUGAAUGUAGCUUUAGAACACAGUCAGAUAUUGAUGAUGUUUACAAUGAUUGGUGUAACCUAGUCCAACGAAGUAUGUCUGAUAGAUUACCGUGUAAGAUUGUUAAAUACGGUUCUAAUAAUAAAAAACGACUACCAGGAAAGCCUUGGUGGUCUGAUAAACUGACAGAUAUAUGGAAUGAAGUUUGUUUAGCAGAAAAGGCUUGGUUAUCUUGUGAUAAUGUUAGCAGUAAGAAAGUUUUAAAGUCAUCUUAUAUUGUAAAACGCAGGGAUUUUGACCGAAUGGUACAGAGAGCUAAGCGUUUCCAUUGGUAUUCAAUACAAACACAAUUGUUACAGGAGUGUAACGUUGAUUCGUCCAAUUUUUGGAAAUCUAUCGGAAAGAUUGGGGUCAAUUGCUCUACAAGUAACGGGAUACCAAUGGAAGUCGUAACAUCAGAUGGAUCUGUUUCACAUGAUGUGGAUACCAUUUUAAAAAAGUGGAAACAUGACUUUAGCUCUCUUUUCCAAACAUCAAAGGCCUCACUAGAUCACAUUGACAAUAGUAAUGUUAAUGUGGAUUUGAAUGCUGAUGAUAUUAGUUUUAAUAGUCACAUAAGUUUGUUGGAUGUUAAAAAUGCAUUGUUAUCUGUUAAGAAGGGUAAGGCUAAUGGUAUCGACAAUAUUCCAGUCGAAGUAUUAAACAAUGAUGCAUGUGUUUCUUUCCUUUAUGUUUUAUUCAAUAUAUGUUUUGAUAACGGUAUAAUUCGAUAUAUCCCUCUUUAUGGGGUAAAUGCAUUAUAAAACCUAUCCCCAAAUCAUCGUCAUCGGAUAAAAGAGAUCCUUUAUCAUAUAGAGUAUUUCGUUAUCUUCAUCCAUGUAUAAAGUAUAUUGCAAUGUUUUAAACAACAGAUUAAGUAAAUGGUCUGAGGAAAACCUAAAGGUGAGCGAUGAACAAAAUGGCUUUAGAAAAGGCAGAAGCACAACAGACCAAAUUUUAUCUUUAACAAAUAUAAUUGAUAGCAGAAAGAAAAUACAUAAAGAUACUUUUUGCGCCUUUAUUGAUUUUAGAAAGGCAUAUGAUACUAUAAAUAGAAUCAUUUUAUGAAAACUUCUGGAGAAUAUUGGUAUUGCUGGUAAAAUGUUAAAAGCUAUUAAAUCACUGUAUUCAUGUGUUAUGUCAUGUGUACGAGUAAAUGCUUUUGAAACUGAAUGGUUUGAUGUAAAAUGUGGCCUUCGCCAAGGUUGUAUACUGUCCCCUUUACUUUUUAAUUUGUUUAUUGAUGAUUUGACAUUAUAUCUUAAGUCACUUGACAUUGGUGUGUCUUUAGAAAACGAAAAAGUAUGUAUAAUGUUGUACGCCGAUGAUAUUGUUUUGUUAUCUGAAACUGCUGAAGAUUUACAAAUUUUAAUUAAUGGUUUAAACGAUUGGUGUAAAACAAAUGAUAUGGUUGUAAAUUGUAAUAAAAGUAAUAUAGUUCACUUUAGACCUAAUUCAACGCCAUGCACAUCGUUUACUUUUAUGUGUGGUUUAAAUCAACUUUCUAUUGUUGAUAGAUAUACUUAUCUAGGUGUUGUUUUACAAGAACAUCUUGAUCUAAAUAUAACUGUAAAGUCUGUUGCUCAGAGUGCCAGUCGAGCCUUGGGUUUGUUGACUGCCAAAUGUAAAUCUAUUGGAGGUCUUCCAUAUCAUGUGUACACCAAACUUUAUGACACAGUUGUAUGGCCUGAUAUUAGCUAUAGCACACCGCUAUGGGGAUAUCGAUCUUACUCUUGCAUCGAUGCUGUUCAUCACCGGGCUGUUCGUUUCUUCCUUGGUGUUGGAAAAUAUUCACUGAAUGAUGGAAUUUCUGGUGAAAUGGCCUGGAAGCCGCCAUUAGUCCGACAAUGGAAAAGUGUCUCCCUAUACUGGCCUAAGUUAGCAUGUAUGGAAGGGGUCGAGGUUCAACAAAUGGGUGGCACUUUGGUCAUACGGCAAAUCUGGUCGUUCAUGUAAAAGUUGGAUAUAUAAUGUAACUUCUUAUUUUGAAGAAAAUGAUAUGAAUAUGUAUUGCUCUUUAAGAAAAUAGUAUACCUCGUUCAUUCGCCCUUAUGGUUGAAGAGGCGACAUAUGAAUAUUAUAUGAACAGCUGGUUAAACAGAAUUAAUAAUGAUAUCGGUCCAUCAGGUCGUGGUUGCAAUAAACUUAGAUUGUAUAAAUUGUUAAAGUCUAACUACAGUGUAGAAGAAUAUUGUACUCUUACAAUGCCUUUGUCACAGUAAAUUGCUUUCAGUAAAUUUAGACUGGGUGUUGCACCCAUUCGUAUUGAAACUGGACGAUAUGAAGGACUCAGGGAGGAAAAUAGAACAUGUCCAUUCUGUCAAAGUAAUACUGUUGAAAAUGAAUUCCAUGUUAUCCUUGAAUGCCAUGUUUACAGUGAUUUGAGAGAUAUAUUGUUCACAAAAGCAACCAAGUGUAAUUCUGAGUUUCCAAACUUAUCGAAAACCGAUCAGUUUAUAUUGUUGUUUUCCCAUAAAGACUUGAUUAGACAAUGUGCCAAAACCUGUUUUUCAAUUUUACGAAGACGACAAUUUUUACUUUGUAAAUAAUGUAUUGUAUUUUCUUGGUAAUAUGUGUCAUGUCCAUUUUAUACUUGUGUAGACAAUCAGUGCUAAUCAGUUCAUUCUUGACCUGGUCAAGAGUGAUAUUCGAUUUUUGAAAACUAUUUUUUAUAUGCGCGUUAGGGCCCCGAUUUACAGUCUUCAGUGUUUUACAUAUGGUUCUUUUAUGGCAGUUUUUAAAUAUGGAUUAGCACUGGUUUUCUAUCUUUUAAGUCUGUAAAUAGUUAGACUCAAUAUAGAAGUAAUUUUUAUUCAUUUAUUUAAAUGAUAUAUUCAAUAUUCUUAAUGGUCAGAAUUCAUGUACUAUUGACUGAAAUAUUAAUCUCAUAUAGCUCAAAAUUUCAGCAGUUAUAUACAUGUGAUAUUUGUAAAUGUGUUAUAAUGCUUUAUAUGAUGAAUGUAUAUAAAUGAGAAUAAAGAUAGAAUCUUGGUCUUAAAAUAGCAGUAUUUUUAUUUUAAUUAUCUAAUUUGCAUAUUCAUGAAUAUUAAUGAGAAUGUUACAAAACGACAAAAUUUUAUUAGAAAAUAAUAUUUUCUAAGUUUCAAAUCAAUUUAAAUGUACCAAACAGUUUUGAUCUGUUCUGAAAGUCUCUCAGUGGUUUUUAAAAUAGUAUUUUGUAACACUGAUGGUAAAUUGUUUACUCCAAAAUAGGUAUGUUUAGCUAUUUUGCAUAAAAUUAACCACUACCACAACCAACGUCUCAGGGAACAAGAUACCACUAAAAUUUAAUAAAAUGAUAUAAUUAAUUGUUGUCAAUAAAAUAACAAUUAUGUGAGCUAUAUUGUUUGGAAAUGUAGUUUAAACUCAUUUCUGAAGGAGAAAUCAGUAUGUAACAUACUUUACACAUGUUAUGUUACCAUUUCAAUAACCUUGUUUUAUUACAUCAAUUAUUUAGAAAAUAAAGAUCAGACAGUUUUCAUCUGGUCUUAAUGUAUCUCAGUGUUUUCUAGAAUAGUAUUUUGUUACUCUGAAGGUAAAUAAUUUUUUCUACAUUAGCUAUUUUAGCUAAUUUGCAUAAAUUAAUCUAUGCUAAAACAGACAUCUCUGGAAACAAGAUAUAACUAAAACUGAACAACAUGAUGAAAUGAAAUGUAUCAAUAAACUUGUGUUAUUUGAGCUAUAUCAUUUGAAAAUAUAGUGUAAAUACUUAUUUGAAGGAGGAAUCUGUUUGUUACAUACUUUACAUAUGUUACGUUACCAUUCCAGGAAUCUUGUUUUAUUGUAUCGUUAUUUUCUUAGAAAAUAGUUGAGGGAUAUUUAGUUAUCAAGUUAUUAAAUACUCUUACAAAAUAGUAUAGUUUCAUACUUCUCAAGCAAUGGAUUUUCCAUAACUGCACUUUAAAAUACGUUACCACUGUGUUUUGCUGUGUAUUUACAAAUAAGUAGGAAGAAAUUUCAAUCAUUGUUAUCAAUAUUAUGAUAUCGUUGAUUUGUUAAAACUUUAAAGUAUUUAUUCUAACAUCAUUUCUUUACUUUUGUUAUCAUCUGAAACAUUCAUUACACAUUCAAUGUUCCUUUUUCAUUUUGAAUUAAUGCAUCUAUCAGUUUAAUUAUACUAAUAUCAGUUCCUUAAUCAUGAUGUUCUUUUAUUUGAUGGUUUCAAUAUUGUUGUCAAUAAUAACAUUUUACAUUGAUUAUGUAUUUUUAUGUAUUCGGUAUAAUUUAUAUUAAUAAUGUAUAAAUCCCUGCUAACAUCCAUACACUGAUAAUAAGGUUACAAUUUGGGGCUGUCUAUCUUGAAAAAUGUUUUUAUAAUAGAAUAUUUAUCUUGUUUUGUGUGAUUGUGAAGUGUAUCUAUACAGUUAUUUAUGUGAGAAAUAAAGCAUUUUGUUUUUGAGUUUGAGAAAAACAUGUAUUGUAUUGAGAUAUCUAUGGGCUUAUUAAUAAAUUAUUCACUGUUGAAAAGCAGCACUGAACAAAAAACUAAAAAACAAAAUAAAAUAUUCAGGUACUUUAAAGUAAUCUUUAGAUUUAAACUGAUGAAAUUGCAAAAAGCUGUCAAGAAUGUGAACAAUAGUAAGUGCUUGAAAACCAAAUUUGUUAAGAAAACAAUUACAUAAUGCUAUUCAAAACUUCUAGGAAGAUACUGAGUGCCUUCUGAACGACACUUCAGAGUUGAUGAAAACAUGUUGCUAUUGACUUUACCAACAUCCUUUAGAAGCAAAGAACGCAGUCAAGCAAAUGAAUAGCAAACUCAGUUGGAUCAAGUCUGUUUAUGAGAGGUAAUGAAGUGUGAAACACACCUUACGACCCUCACCCCAGCACUGGCUUAAGAGGAAUUCUGUUUUAGUAAACAUGGUCCAAAAGGGCCAGAAAAUCUAACAACACUGAAACCGAGGACGAUGAGACUUUUAUAAACAUCACAUGGCACUUAAAGACUUUUUUGUGAAGCAUAACAACACAACCAAGCAAAAUAACCGCUGAUUUGAUUUGAUUGUGUCUGAUCGUUAGAUGUAAUGAAAUGUGAAAUUGCCCUCACACCCUUAGCACUAGCUUAAACAGCAUUUUGUAAUAGUAAAAUUGUAUGGAUUAGUUAAAAUCUGAAUCUAAAAUUAGAUGAAAUGUCUGAAAAAUAUGAACUGUACACAAUUUGAAACAGCAGUGUUACAAGAAAAUCACAUUCUGCAUGUCUUGAUUAAGAUGUGACUUACGAUAUUUUCCCUUUAAUGUUACCUAAUAUAGCAUAUUUGCUCUCUAAUAUGUUGUUUUAUAACAUAUUUUUUAUAAAAUAGAAAGCAGCUGACAGAAGAUCAUAGGCUCUCAAAAAUCGCUUUAUUUUUAUGAAUGACAUUUGAUUACACUUUGAUUCUGAAGCAAUUUGUGUUGUGCUGGAUAGUUUCUUGCUACAGUUUGAACUUUUGACAAAGACAGGUCAUGCCUUUGUCAUAACCUUUGGUAUGUAACUUAAUUGAUAAUCAAACCUUAUUUGUUAUGAUUGAUGCAUAGCUUCUCUUAGUAGUGUUUCUCUUAAUGUUCCGGUGUAUCCAGUAAUAAUCCAUCACAUAAUACAAUUUAGUCCUUGUCCAGAUCUCCGUAUUAUAAUUAUACAGGUGUAAGUCUGUUGACUUCAGACACAAUAUCUUUAUUGAAUCGUCUUGGAGAGCAAAGGCCUCAUCUAGAUGACUCAAGACCCUAUGAUUUGUCCUAUCGAGCUAGGGUUGGUUUUGUAUAUGUUCUUAUAAUGCUACUAUUUCUAAACAAGAGGACCAUGAUGGUCCUGAAUCGCUCACCUGUCCCCACAUGAACUGAGUAUGACGUCGUUUUUUCUAUUAUUUGACAUAGUGACCUAGUUUUUGAGCUCAUGUGACCUAGUUCUGAACUUGACCUAGAUUUCAAGAUAAAAAUUCUGACCAAUUUUCAUGAAGAUCCAUUGAAAAAUAUGGCCUCUAGAGAGGUCACAAGGUUUUGCUAUUAUUUUACAUAAUGACCUAGUUUUUAAAGGCAUGUGACCCAGUUUUGUACUUGACCUAGAUAUCAUCAAGGUGAACAUUCUCACCAAUUUUCAGGAAGAUCUCAUGAAAAAUAUGGCCUCCUGAGAGGUCACAAUGUUUUUCUAUUUUUAGACCUACUGACCUAGUUUUUGACCGCACCUGACCCAGUUUUGAACUUGACCUAGAUAUCAUCAAGGAGAACAUUCUCACCAAUUUUCAUGAAGUUCCAUUGAAAAAUAUGGCCUCUAGAGAGGUCAAAAGGUUUUUCUAUGUUUAGACCUAGUGACCUAGUUUUUGACCGCAGUUGACCCAGUUUCAAACAUGACCUAGAUAUCAUCAAGACGAACAUUCAGACCAACUUUCAUACAGAUCCCAUGAAAAAUAUGGCCUCUAGAGUGGUCACAAGGUUUUUCUAUUAUUUGACCUACUGACCUAGUUUUUGACCAAAUGUGACCCAGUUUCAAAUUUGACCUAGAUAUCAUCAAGAUAAACAUUCUGACCAAUUUUCAUGCAGAUCCCAUGAAAAAUAUGACCUCUAGUGAGGUCACAAGGAUUUUCUAUUAUUUGACCUACUGACCUAGUUUUCGACCGCAGUUGACCCAGUUUCGAACUUGACCUAGAUAUCAUCAAGAUGAACAUUCUGAUCAAUUUUCAUGCAGAUCCCAUGAAACAUAUGGCCUCUACAGAGGUCACAAGGUUUUUCUAUUAUUUGACCUACUGACCUAGUUUUGAUCCGACAUGACCCAGUUUCGAACUUGAUCUAGAUAUCAUCAAGAUGAACAUUCUGACCAAUUUUCAUGCAGAUCCCAUGAAAAAUAUGGCCUCUAGAGAGGUCACAAGGUUUUUUUAUUAUUUGACCUACUGACCUAGUUUUUGAAGGCACGUGACCCAGUUUAGAACUUGACCUAGAUAUCAUCAAUUGGAUAUUCUGACCAAUUUUCAUGAAGAUCCAUUGAAAAGUAUGGCCUCUAGAGAGGUCACAAGGUUUUUUCUAUUUUUAGACCUACUGACCUAGUUUUAGAUCGCACGUGACCCAGUUUCGAACUUGACCUAGAUAUCAUCAAGAUGAACAUUCUGACCAACUUUCAUAAAGAUCCCAUUAAAAAUGUGACCUCUGGAGUGGUCACAAGCAAAAGUUUACGGACAGAUGCAUGGACGACGGACGCCACGCGAUCACAAAAGCUCACCUUGUCACUUUGUGACAGGUGAGCUAAAAAAAUAAAUAAAUUUUAUAAAACUUGGUUUUUACUCACAGGACGACUCCACAUUUCACCUGUAUGAUCAUAAUAUUAUGAAGGCACAGAUGGAUAUCAUUGUAUAUUUUAUUAAAAUUCUAUCUAAAAUUAUAGAUACAUGGUUGUUGCAAUAUAUAUCUUAGGCAAUUUCUGAAAUAACAGAAGAAAACCUUCUUAAAACUUACCACUAACAGUUUAAAUAAAUCAGUAUCACAAUUUGGGCUUCAAUUUCUUCUUAAAUAUCUUUUUAAAAAGCAAUGGUAGUGGUAACAUAUUUUAAAGUGUGUUACCGAAAAAAUUCACACUGUCUGAUAAAUAAAGAAGCAUAUUGUAUUAUUAUAGUACAAAAUAAGUAAUAUUAAUUAUGAUUCUAGAAUAUUUUCUAAAUAACUGAUGCAAUACAACAAGGUUGUUGAAAUGGUAACGUAACAUGUGUAAUGUAUGUUACAUUUUUAUUCUUCCUUCAAUAUAAUGUUAACGCGAUGUCUACAAACAUUAUAGACCACAUAAAACUUGUUAUUUCAUUGAUAACAAUUAAUGAUAUCAUUUUAUUAAGUUUUAGUGGUCUCAGAAUUUUAUUCUUUGUUUGUGACCCUGGUUCAUUUUAUGCAAAUUAGCUGAGCACAUCCAGUUUUAAAAGAAAAUAAUGUAAGAGUAACAAAAUAAUAUAUUAAAACACGCCGAGAGACUUUAAGGCUAGAUCAAAGCUGUUUGGUACAUUUAAAUUGAUUUGAAAUUUAGAAAAUAUUAUUUUUUAACAAAAUUUUGUCAUUUUUGUAACAUUCUCAUUAAUAUUCAUGAAUAUGCAAAUUAGUAAAUAAAACAUCAAAAUGCUGCUAUUUAAAGGCCAAUGUCUUAGCUCCAUUUUGACACCAUUAUUACUGUUUUAUCACCUAAACUGACCAAGAUAUGACUGUUUAUCAUCUAUAUAUGGCUGUCCUUUUAAAAAAUGAACGGUUGCCACGGAAACAGUGAAAUCACAUAUAGUUCAAAAGAGUUUUUUCAUGGGAACAUUUUUUAUUUUGAAAGAGUUGGUCCUGCCGAACAAUUUGGUACCUAUGAAAAAAAGUCUUGCGGGGAUGCAUGGUAGACCUUAUUGGCCCCCACCUAUAUUUUUCUACAUUAUUUCUUUCAUAAUCCACAGGUUAUGUCCAUUUGUCUAAUUCCUUACACUGAGAGCUUUGCUCUUUGAUUCUCAAUCUCCAGUGCGCAUGAGGACAAAGGUUUUCUAGUUUUUGCAAUUUCAACAUACUGGAUUUUCCAGCUAUGUUUAGUGAACUUUAUCACCUGACUGGGAGAUUUCCAAGUGACCGUUUAAUCGGGUAAAAUUUAGCAUUUGUGAUGAAAUAAACUGGCCGUUGGCUGUGCUGGACAGGUGACCUUCAAAUCGAGGGUAAAUAAAGAAUGAUUUUUCAUGGGGGGUGGGGGCAGCACCUUAAGGGCAGUUUGGUCUGUAGAAGAAGCCAACUCCCAAGGCAAUCAUCAAUCAUCCUAUAAAGUUUUACGACUGCAUGCUGUAGACCAAAGCAUUCUUAAGUGAUUGAGUGGAGACCGUUUUCAGUCUCAAGGUCACUGUGACCUAGAUCUUUGACCUACUACAGUAAAAUUCCUACUUACGACCACGCCGAAAUUACGACCGCACCGCUAAUACGACCGAUUUUGCAAAGAACAGAAUAUUUCCUUCUUAAAACCAAUGGUCGUUUGUCCGAAAAUGCGACCAGACCGCUGAUCCACUAAUGCGACCACCAAUUUCAGAACUGUUUGAUUUUUUCACACUUAAUUAAUCACCGCAAUUACGACCACUCAAAUUUUUCUGUAUGUUACCGCGAAUCGCCACGCGAAUUAACACGUGCGACAUCGUGUUAACACGUUAAGCGUGUACAUUGUGUAUUUAUCCGUUAAUUGCUAACAAGUCUUUUAAACGUUAUCAAAACAACAUAUCAAACUGUUUGAUUGUCUGAAAUUGUUAUUUAAAGAUGUUUGGUGUUUUACAUCGCUUUUUUAACAUAAGAAAUUGUUGAAAUAAUUAAUUUGUUUGUAAUUAGACGAAUGCCCGCUGAUCGAAUUGACUGGAUUAAAACGGAUUUAAUUAGAUCUAAACGGUGUUUGUUUGUUAUUAUUAAUGUAAAUACGUUUGGGAUUUCAGCGGAGAAUGAAGUUUGAAAUUGUUUGAUAUUGUUGUAAUUGUCUUUAAUUGAACAAAAUUCAAAUCAUUAUCAGUUAAGUGCGUCCUUAAUUAAUACACAGUUUGAGUAUUUAAGGCUAAAGAAAUUAAAGAAAAUAAAGCUACAUAUAAAUUUAACACUGUGUUUGCCAUUAUUGCGUCUUGAUUGUAUUCCAAUGUGUUAUUAUCUGCCAGACCUUCCCCGUAUAGCCUUGUCCACUAAUCAGACCAGACCGCUAAUAAGACCAGUUUUACAAAGAACCAUGGGUGGUCUUAAUAGCGGAAUUCUACUGUAUCUUCAAAACAAUAGGGGUCAUUUAUUGACCUCAAGCAAUCAUCCUAUGAGGGUGCAGCAUAAAAAUCAAGCCUUUCAUUUUUAUUUGUCAAAUUGUCUAUGUAUAUUUUGAGGUUUUAAUAAGAAGCAGGGUUUAAUCAAAUUCUACAUUGUAGGGCAAUAAUACCGAAACUAUUUUGUAUAUUCGGAUUGCAUAUAUUGGAAAUUAUCCUUCAAGAAAUACAAACAGUUACAUGAAAUAUUAACUAAGUUAACAUACCAUACUAACAUAAAGUGAUAGGGGACCCUCAACCAGUCUAUAAUGAUAACUCCUAUGUUGGAACGAUUUUCUUAGACCUGACCAAAGCUUUUGAUCUAGUAAAUCACUCUCUAUUAAUAGACAAAUUAAAAUUGUACAACUUUAGUGAAUCUUCUAUAGCAUGGUUAUCAUCAUAUUUAGAGAACCAUUCCCAAAAAGUUUGUGUAGCAGGUCAGCUAUCUUCUGCCCAAGAUAUUUCUGCUGGUGUACCCCAGGGCUCUGUUCUAGGGCUAAUACUGUUCAUACUGUAUAUCAAUGACCUUCCACUACACACAGGCAAAUCAUCAAUUGACAUGUUUGCAGAUGAUACAACAAUAUCUGCCUGGGUAAAUCAGUAGCAGAAGUACACAAUACACUACAGGCUGACAUAAAUACUGUUGAAAAAUGGUGCACUGAUAACUCAAUGCUUCCUAAUACAUCUAAAACAAAAGCUAUGUACAUCACUGCCUCAUAUAACAACAAUAAAAUAACAAAUCACAUAACCUGUAAUACCAUUGAAAUGCAGGGUCAAGCACUUUCAUACUCAUCCAUUGAGAAACUUUUAGGAGUACAUGUAGAUAAACAUCUAAACUGGAAGAAUCAGGUUGAACAAACCAUGAAAAAAUGCAAUACAUAUUUAUAUCAUUCUUCUCUUACGAAUAAAAUCUUUCCUGAACUUACACUCCCGAAAGCUGUUUUUCAAUGCUUAUAUUUUGCCACAUCUUGAUUAUUGCUGCACUAUAUGGGGAAACUGCAGUGACGAGCUUCUAGAAACUGUUUUGAAAUUCCAAAAACGUGCUGCAAGAAUCAUUCUUGACAAAAAAUUUGAUGCCCCAUCUGCUGAGUUAUUUACAGAAUUGAAAUGGAUGACUUUUUCUGACCGAAUUAAAUACAAAAAAGCAAUUCUAGUAUAUAAAUCAACUAAUGAUCAAUGUCCUAAUUACCUUACUUCAAAAUUUACUCAAAAGCAUACAUCUGAUCAUGAACUUAGAUCUAGACAAAAUGAUGAACUAGUAGUACCUAUGCCAAAAAAGGAAUUUUUUCACAAAUCCUUGCACUACUCUGGACCAGUUAUUCUGGAAUAACAUACCUAAAUACAUACAUUCUUUAGACACCCUGGAAAAAUUUAAAAGAUCAUACCUUCAGUGGCAAUACUCUGACAGUACAAUAAUUCAUAAUUGUAAUUAAGUGUCAGGAAAUACUGUCUCUACCAUCUCUCACCAUUUUCAAUGUAAAUACUCCAGUUAGCAAAUAUAGUGUCCUGUAUUGUAUAUAUUUCAUUCUCAUAUUAUUUUUCUGAUAACAUAUAACUCUGUGUUUUAUUCUGACAUAAUUUUAUUCAUGUUCAUUGUUUUUGUAUAUAGACAUGUAUAAGUGGACCAUAUUGUAAAUUGGCACAGCCAAAUAUGUUAUCCACUAUAAAUAAAGUCGUCAUUAUUAUUA